AUGAACACUGAAGAUAUGGGUACAACAUUAUGUGACCGAGACGCAUUGCGUACUAAGUUUUCUAAGGCGAUGUCGGAUAUGUAUAAAAAUGAAGUGCCUUCAUAUGCCGACUUGAUCGAUAUUGUGACUGAAGUCAACGCAAAAUUGGCAUCUCAAGAUCAAUCAAAUACAGGAGUAGAAACCAGUGGCCCAGAUACCAAAGAUACCGGCAGACUCACGCUUGAGCGACAUGGAGCAGUUCGCCUUGGGACCUCCUUUGAGCUUUCGACGAUUAGGCGAUUAUUCUCUCAGUUUGGCAUGUAUCCCGUGGGAUAUUACGACCUUAGCGUCGCCGGAUUGCCUUUACAUGCAACCGCAUUCAGGCCCAUUGAUGCCGAGGCGCUCGAAAAGAACCCCUUUCGAGUUUUCACGACACUUCUGAGGCCCGAUUUGCUAAGAAAAAAGGCUCGAGAUCUGUCCCACGCCAUACUGAGAAAGCGAAGGAUUUUCUCCAAUCGUCUCCUAGACCUUCUUGAUGAAGCGGAAAUAAAAGGGGGGAUUGUACCUGACGUGGUGGACGAGUUUAUCGAGGAGACACUGGAAGUAUUUCGUUGGCACGAAACUGCUGUAACAAGUCAUGGCGAAUAUUUGCAGCUCAGGGAUGAACACCCUCUUCUAGCAGACAUUGCAUCCUUCCGAAGUGCUCAUAUCAACCAUCUCACACCCAGGACUCUGGAUAUUAACCAGGCUCAAGUAGCCAUGAAAUUACGAGGGUUGGAGGUCAAGGAAAGGAUAGAAGGUCCCCCGUCUCGGAAAAAUGGGAUACUUCUCAGGCAAACAAGCUUUAAAGCAAUCCAUGAGAAAGUAUAUUUCCACUCCUUUGAGGGCGGAAUGGUGCAAGGUAUUCAUACCGCAAGACUUGGCGAGAUUGAACAACGGGGUGCCGCAUUGACAUAUAAAGGUCGGCAGUUGUACGACACUCUUCUUACGGAAGUCAAUGAUAGGACAAAAGGUUUGGAACUUGGAGCACCGGCCUAUGACAAAGUUCUAGCAGAUGUGUUUGCCGCAUUUCCGGAUGAUAAAGAUACCCUUCGAGAUCAGGAGCUUAUAUUCUGCUACUAUAAGCCAACCAGUAAAGCGCUCGGACUUCUAUCAGAAAAAAUUGCUGUUUUUCCAACAUCGAUAGAUGAGUUGCUGCGCCAAGGGCUUGUGGAAUUCAAGCCGGUGACCUAUGAAGAUUUCCUCCCUUUUUCUGCGGCUGGGAUAUUCCGCUCAAACCUUGGUGAAGCUGGCGGCGAAAAUCCGGCUAUAAAAUCAGAGCAAGACCAAAGGGGGUUUGAAGAAUGCCUGGGUGACAAAACGAAGGAUAGCAUGGAGCUAUAUUCGGAAAUCCAGCGGAAGAGUGUGGCAUAUUGCUUACACCUUUUCAAUCUCAAAGACAUGAGCCCAUAG